UCUAUUUGCAUAUUGGCUUGUUUCUUAGCAAUAGAUAAAGACCUUGAGGUGAGGGUCUGAGCAAGGAUAUUCCAUUCCCCUCUGGAUCUGUGUUGCUUGUAUUCUUACCUCAUUCUCACUAAGAGAAUCUGAAAAGUGAAAGUUUUAGAGGGAAGAUCUGGUGGGUGGGGUUGGGAUCAGUGCGAGUUUACUAGAGUUGUCAGGGGCACUUAAACAGGAAGGUGUACCUUAGCUCAGCUGAGGAGAGAACCAACAUGCCUCUUCCUUCUCCAUGGAACACCCAGAGCCUCGACCCUGGAUCCAAGAACCAUUAGGUUAAUUGUGGAUGAAGUUUAGUCACAAGACAAUACCAUGCAGUGGUUCAAGAAGAACCCUUUGUAUCUCUGGUUUGAGCACUAUGGAUAUAAAAAAUCUGCCAACACUUUCAUCAUAUGUUCUCUGUCCUCGGAGGGCAUUGUCAACAGAAACAAAAUUGAGUCAUCGAGUGCUUCCGAGGUAUUUAAACCAAACAUUUGCCCUGGCAAAAAAGAGGAGAGAACACUAGCCAACAAUGAAAGCAACAUUGGAAGUUUGUAUCCAGCAGUAACAUUAUCAGAUUAUCGGGAGCCAUUCAGUGGCACAAUAUACACGUGUGAUUCAACAUCAAAAAGCCUUUAUGGAGCAGUGAGUGGUAGCACAUCCCUGUAUGCACUGAAUUCCUCGAGUGACUUAAUGAGAGAAAUCCUUUCCCGGAAUAAGUCUGUGUCACUACAUGGUGAUGGAACUGACAGUAAACUCACAAAUUCAAGCGGAUUGAAAACAGCGUGCUCAACUGUGUCCACCAGUAUACUCAUUGCCUCAUCUGAUGUAACAUCAGACUUCCAGGAAGAAGACAUCAACGAAUGCAAGUUAAAACAGUUCUCCACGAUGUAUGAUGCUGAUGAAUGUAUUGAUAUUCGCAAGACAUAUUGCAACACAGUUAAGAAAAUAGUGGUUUUCCUUGUGUCAUCAGUUGCCUUCAGAAUAUUUGGAAUUAUGCUGAUGUUUGUGGAUAUAAUUUUUGUGGCUAUAGAUCUCCAUCUCAUUGAAAAAAAACUUAGUAUUCCUCUGGAAUAUCGCUCGGUUUCUUUUGCUAUCGCUUUGUUUUUCCUCGUGGAUGUUCUUCUUCGAGUGUAUGUAGAAGGGAGACAGUUUUUUUCUGAUUUGCUGAACACCAUAUAUGCCGUUGUUAUUGGUGUGACUCUGUUCAUUGCCUUCACUUACAUAUCUUAUGACAAGAAUUUUCUUAGAGAUACCCCAAGAUUGGCAGUUUUAUUCCCACCUCUGUGGCUUCUCAUUCUGGUAAGAAUUUUCCAGCUGGCUCAUGAGAAAAGAUACCUUGAAAAGCUGACUAGGCGGCUGGUUUCAGGAAACAAGAGACGAUACAAUAAAGAUGGGUUUGACCUGGACCUCACUUACGUUACUGAGCGUAUUAUUGCCAUGUCGUUUCCAUCAACUGGAGGGCAGUCUUUCUAUAGAAAUCCAAUUAAGGAGGUUGCGCGGUUCCUUGACGCCAAGCAUCCAAACCACUAUCAAGUCUACAAUCUAUGCAGUGAGAAUUCUUAUGACCCGAAGUACUUUCACUACAGGGUCCGCAGGGUCAUGAUUGAUGACCAUAAUGUCCCUACCCUCGAGGAAAUGUUGUUGUUCUCCAAGGAAGUAAAUGACUGGCUCACUCAACAUCCUGAAAACGUUGUGGCGAUUCACUGUAAGGGAGGAAAAGGGAGAACGGGAACCAUGGUCUGCGCCUGUCUCAUUGCCAGUGAGGUAGCUUUAAAUGCAAAGGAAAGUCUUUACUUUUUUGGGGAGCGGCGAACAGAUAAAAGCAGCAGCUCUAAGUUUCAAGGCAUAGAGACCCCUUCUCAGAAUAGAUAUGUUAAAUAUUUUGAAAAACUGAAAGUUAGCUACCAAUGGAUUCUCCCUUCAAGAAAAAUACUCGUGAUAAAAAGAUUCAUUGUUUAUUCUAUUCAUGGUGUUGGAAAAGGUGAUGGGAGUGAUCUGGAAAUACAGAUACUAAUGUGGCAAGAGAUUGCAUUCUCCUGUUUUUCUUCCAAAAAUUGUAUGAUAUUUCAUGAUGUUGAAACAGACAGACUAAUAAUUAAUGUAUUCAACUGUCCAGCUCUAUAUGAUGAUGUGAAAGUGAAAUUUCUCUCUCUGAAUCUCCCUAGAUACUAUGAUGACUGCCCGUUUUUCUUUUGGUUUCAUACUGCUUUUAUACGAAAUAACAGGCUUUAUCUACCAAGACAUGAAUUGGAUAAUACUCAUAAACCAAAAGCAUGGAAAUUUUACAGUCCAAAGUUUGCAGUAGAGGUGUAUUUUGAUGAGAUAAAGUUGUUGAAUAAGUAGCUGUUGAGUAAGUGCCAGUCUCCUUCCUGAUAGAAUCAUGUUCUUCCCAAUCAAUGCUACAAAUUUAUGUCUUCUAACCUAUGUCUUUGAUGGUACGUCUGUAUUAUAUACAUGUGUGAGUAUGUACAUAUGUUUCUGGAAAAUAAAUGUAUACAGGAAAAAUAA